AUGGAUCCUCUAUCAAUAAUAGCCAGCAUAGCUGGAAUAGCAACAGCAGGCGCACAACUAUCCAACACAUUGUUCCGUCUGAUAAGAACAGUGCGCAAUGCCCCGCAGGAAAUCCAAAAAAUCGCCAUCGAAAUGUCAGGCUUGACUAUCACGCUGGAACAUCUGCGCGAUAUUCUCAAACAAGGCCAAUCGUACACGAAACCUGUGUUUUUUGAGGGUGUUAGAAAUGUCGUCAAGAAUAUUCAAGCGACUCAGCAGGAGAUCUCCAAGAUGGUUACCGAUCAGACUAUCUUUGCUAGAUUGAAGUGGCUCAAGGCAGCGAGAUUACUAUUCUGUCUGCGGCAGUUCUGGUCAAGACCAACAACAAUGGGCAAGUAUCUCGCUUUUGAGGAAUAUCCAAGUCGUUGUUCUGACCGUCUUAGAUCUUCGCCGAUCAAGGAACCAGCCGAAAAUCGAUUCCGACUCCAAGCUGAGAGUCUCAUUCAGAUCGGCCAAGCCUCUCUGCAAAGAGACAAUGUCCACCGUCAAAUCCCGGCUCCCCCUCCCCAAAGAGCUCCGAGUCCUCCAGUCCGCACUGAGAAGAGACUUCCCAGUCCUGUUCGCCAGUCAGAAAUUCCAGGCCACGUACGCACAGAUGAAUUAUACGGGCAGAAUCUUGGUAUUCCGAAGCGAGAUGAAGACGAUGCAAAUUCGGCUGUUGUACCAGUCCGUCAUGUUGAUCAAGAAAGUCACUAUUACAGUGAAGAUGAAGGACGGGGAAGAGGACAUGGCUUCGAUCCACUAUCUGGCCGCGUCGCCCAAUUCGGUCGACACUUUCACAUCCAAGGAGAUGCAGCCACGUUUCUAUACAAACUUGUCUUCAUGGAUGAAGUGCCAGCUAGAAACCACAUGCCCGGCUCGCAUGCUUAUCACGACUCUGAUGGAGAGGGCGUAUCUGUGUAUUCAGAUGACUCUGACGACGAUUCAGGCAACCGCGAAAGGAGGGUCAGGGUCCAUGCGUAUCGCAAGCCUCAGGAGCCUACCAAAGUGGUAAACCAUCUUCUACUGACUUGGACCUCGUUGAGCCAAGGUGAGAUUGAGAGAGGCAGUGCCGAUGAAAAUCAGCCUAGCACGAAUAAGCCUCCUCCAAAGGGUGCUUAUGUGGAAGAUGCAUCUUCUAGCGAAGACGAACAAGAGAACAAUAGUGGGCAAAGAGAAGAUUGGCCUCCUCGGGAAAGUCGAACAGAGCACCGAAGUCAGAGCCGCGACAGUCCACGGCUGAGGGCUCGUUUUCGCCGGGACCGAGGUGUGGCAGAUUUGAUCAUACACGGUCCCGAUGAACCAGACAUGCGAUCUGAAUAUCGACGCCCUCAUUUCGAACCCAAUCACUUCGAUCAUCAUUAUGAUCCAGGCUAUCAAAAUCACCAGUAUGACUAUCCGUAUUGGUCCUAUCCACCAGCUCCGCUACCUACUCAAGAGCCUGCGAAACCGAAGUUUCAAAAACCACAUGCCGUCAUCAUACCACAGGCACAUUUAGCCGAUGCAGAAGUUGACUCGACGCCUACCCUUGAUGUUUCACCGUGCCUUAAAAUGAGUAUUGUCAGACAAGGCGAUGAACCAGUAUGGAACUCGGAUGACUUUACGGCUCAGAAUAGUAUACCUGGGAAAGCCAUCAUGGGCAGCCUCAUCGGUGACAAGUCAGCCAGGAAUCCGCAUGGUCUGGACUUGGCACAUACUUUAAUCCGAGGUCAAGACAUGAAGCUCGUGUACAUUCGAGGGAACGACCUGGGAGAGACUUGGUUCAUCAACGAGCAGCCAGUAUUCCUACAAUUUCUUCACUGUGGAUACUUACCGCAGUUUUAUCCCACAAAGGAAUCCGACGUUACAGCUAUGAAACAAGAGUAUGUCGCUGUUGGAGAAGAAUGGGCUAGCUUUGAAGCACUGAGUCAACUGGGACUGUCUACCAAGGGAAGAGAGGAAGGCAGGGUUCUUUUGGAUCCUAGUACAACAUGGAAGCACUGUGGAGAAGUCCCAGAGCCGCUGUCUUUCAAGAUCGACUCGACUACUGAGUCAGAGCCAGAGUUAAUAUUUGCCGACCAGAAACCCGACGUCUUGAGCUUUUUGGUCAAAGACGAAGAAGACGUAGGCGCGACGAAAUCUGAGAAGCAGGAAACACAACAUCUUCGGCCGCAAAUAUCUAUCACGCCACCACCUAGCCCACAAGAAACAUCUUCACCCGAGUUUGAUAAGAGUGAUGUCGGUUCAACAGUGUCUUCCAGAUCACGAGUCUCUAGAUUCUUGAAACGAUACACACCAGGUCGAAAACAGAGUCAGCUGUCGCCUCCAUUACAACGGUACAAUUCGAAGAAUAGCAACACGGGGCCUUUGAAUGAGCUGUCAGAAGACGAGAGUAAGAGGCCAUUGACGCCCACGGACUCUGGUAUUGGAAGUUCAGUUGGCUAG